ACUUGAACUCAUUUCAUCAUCAAAUCACUAUUCACUACCUAAGCCGUUUCAUAUCCUUUAUCCCACUUACAAAACCUUCCCCAAACAAAAAUCGAAAUAACAAAAACCCUAAAUUUCUCCCGGGAAACAAACGACGAACGAGAUUUUCAUGAACAAAAAUCGAGAUUUUCUACCUUAAACCCCAGUGAAAUCGAUUGCUUAUGUGGCUUAAAACGAGGGUAAUCAAACUUAAACAAUGAUAUCUUAAAAACGCGACGGAGGACGUUGAGUUUUUCCGACGCUUUUGAUGAUAAAAAUGCGUCAAAAAAAAUCCAGAUAAUUAGUAAUGUUAACAAUGGUAAUGAUGAUGAUCAACAAGUCCAAGUUGUUUUACGAGUAAGGUUUCUUGAUCCACUUCCUCCAUUGGAGAGGGAAUUUGUUAAUAGUAUGAGUGAUGAUGAAAAGGUGUUGCCUUUGGAUGUUUUUGGUGGGUUUAAAAUGAAUAGUUGUAAGCAGUUUUGGAAGGCUGGUGAUAAUGAAGCUUCUGAUGUUCUUGGAAUACAAGUAUACAACCUUCUACUUCUACUCAAUGUGGUAUGUCUUGCUUGAGCGGUUCCGUACCAACCCGGCCCUCUGGCUAGAGGCGAGAUGGGUAAAAAUAGAAGGCAAAAAUCGGCUUGGCAAAGGUGGCCCCACAAGAAGAAGUAAUCCAGUUCCCAGACCAAUGAAAUUGGUCUCAUCAUCUCUACUUUAUCCACCAAAUAUUAUCUUCCAUUCAUUUUCUUUUAAUUUUCAUUUCCUCUUCAAAAAAUCAAAAUUUUGAUCUUCUCACAAACAACGAGAGGUCAUCGUUCUCUCUAAAGUCUAAACCAUCAAAACCUCCAUUUUCUUCAUUUUCUCCCACCACACUCUUCUUCAUUUCUUAUCCUCUCACUCAUCUCUCUACAUUCAUCAACAAUGGCGGCACUGCGAAAUCCAGUCGUGUUACAAUCAAAUACGGCUACAGUUGCAGCAUUAUCAACAUCAUCCACCGCCAAUUCUCCAAAGCCAUUUUCUCUCUCUUUCUCUUCUUCUACUGCUACAUUCAAUCCUCUCAGGCUCGCUACUUUGUCGUCCUCUAAGUUCAUCGUUAAACCUCGUGGUGGUGGAGCUCUUGGUGCUCGCAUGUCCGAUAGUCCUGCUGGAAGAUAUGCCACUGCUCUAGCUGAAGUUGCUAACUCUAACGGUACUCUUGAAACUACUGCCUCUGAUGUCGAUAAAAUUGACAAGAUUUUCUCCGAUGUGCAGGUGUAUUCCUUCUUUGCGAACCCAGUGAUUUCCACUGAGAAUAAGCGUCAAGUGUUGGAUGAGAUUGUUGAUUCUUCAAAGCUGCAGCCACAUACGGCUAACUUCCUUAAUAUUUUAGUUGAUGCGGAUAGACUUGAGUUGAUUACGGACAUAGUGAAGGAGUUUGAGGUGGUCUUUAAUCAGAUUACAAACACUGAAUUGGCAGUUGUCUCUUCAGUGGUUCCGUUGGAGGAUGAUCACUUGGCUCAAAUUGCCAAGGGUGUGCAGCGAUUGACAGGGGCUAAAAAUGUGAGAAUUAAGACAGUAAUUGAUCCUGAUUUGGUUGCUGGGUUCACUAUCAGGUAUGGUAAUGGAGGUUCAAAGUUGGUUGAUAUGAGUGUCAAGACACAGCUUGAGGAGAUUGCUGCUCAGCUUGACUUGGGUGAUGUCACACUUGUAUGAAAGUAAUUUUCAUAUGCCAUCUAGUAAAUUUGGUUCAAAAAUUGUCCUAAAUUAAGUUGUGGGAUUCCGCAAUUUUGAAACUAUAUGUAUUUUACUGUAUAAUUAUCUUAAUGACAAGCAAUUCUUGCGGUCA